GCGCGAAUUUUCCAAAAUACUCUUCAAUGGUAUGGAGGGGGGCGUCGUGACGUCGGCGUCGGUGCUGGACCAUGUCGUCGAGCGCAAACCACCAGCCUGCAGUCAGUGUCGAACGCCAGCAGUCGCUCACCACGACUCGGUAAAUAAAGCCACUUAGUAGACGAACGACGAGGCUUCAUCUAUAGUAGAAGUAGCAGCGAAUCUAAAAAUCCGGCAAAAUGUUCAAGAAUCAUCUCGAAAUGAUCGGCCGUAACGAAACGGCUUCCAAAAAAGCUAAAUUCUGGCAGUCCUUUGUCGGAUCCCUUAAAGGAUCACAAGACAUAAGGGCCACCGAUCCCAUCCAUACUCGUCCAAAAGGCAUCUUCCGGCCAAUCAGCGAUCUUCCGGAAUUGGGUUCAGGUUGGCCAUUCGGCAAAUCGAUCUACGACGACCCAAUCCAUGCCGGUGAACGCAUCCAUGUCCCUGGAUACCGAUACGACCCAUUGCAUCGGGACACAUACGGCUACUCUCCUCGUGCCAUUUACCCCCACAAUUACGGCUCCCUCGACAGAUACCGGCCCGUGUUCCAUGUAACAAAACCACGACCAUUUGACGCUGACAAGGCUUGGCAGGACCAUAUCGACCGUGUCAAAGGCCGUGAUCCUUACCAAUGGCCCAGCAUUUUCCACACUACAUACCCCUUCAGCCGUUAUCCACUCUAUUUGGUGUACAGCAAGAGACCUUCACCAGCUGCUGAAAAGUACGACCCUCAUCGCGCUUGGUUAGACCACUUGGACCGUCUCGCUGAACUCGAUAAACUUUACCCAUCUCUUUGGCCACGAUGGGGAAGAAGUCUCUCUCCAACACCGAUCAAAGCUGGAGAAUGGGCUCCCCGCCCGUCUGAAGUGGCUUUCAACUACGCCGGCCAACCGAUUUACAACCGUGGUGGGCUAUUCCCAAGUAAGAGACUGUUCGGCGAUCUAUUGAAUCCCUCUCCCUUCCUUCCAAUCUCUUCGAUUAUUAGUGAUCCAUUUUGGUGGGAUUCCCCUUUGUUGCGGCCCUACUCCCCUUACAACCCUUGGGGCAAGUCCCCGUUCUACCUCCGCGACUCGUACCUCUCUCCCGUCAAGAGGACGUACCUGUGGGACAAACACCCCAUCAGGCCGUUCGCUGCUGUUUACUAAGGAAAGCUAAAUUGGAGUCACCAUCCCACAUCGCAAAUUUCAGAAGAAUGCGACUGACUGAACAAAAAGCUUUUGAAACGUUUGUUUCUUCAUUGUAGACAAGCGUUUCUGUAAAGUGUUCAUUUUUUUUCUCUUUUAUUUUGUUCAAUUAAAAUAUGCAUUAUACAAAUGUGCCUUAAAUUAUACAAGGAGCAUAAAAAUGAAAAAAAUUGUUAUUUUUGUAAAGUGUUUUUCGACUGCAUCUUAUAAUGGCCGUCUGCAUUAUUACUUUGUUCAAAACGUGUCUCGCAUUCCACCCUUAUAGACCAUUAAAGAUGCAGAAUAAAUUGCAAUUAAUCGUC